AUGCCUAAUGCCAUCAGUAGAGCAAACAAGCUCAAAUCACCAACAUCAUCACCUAGUACAACGACACAAUUACCUGUGUUUUCUGCUUUACCAUCAUCGGGAUUUUCAAGUGGAUCCUCUAUUAGUGAGAAACCAGGAGCCUUAACAGUUGCAUCAUUUUCAUCAAAUGUUCAAUUAUAUGAGGAGGAGAAUUCAAUGAAUAAUAUUAUGAGUGAUUUUCUUAAAAAGAGUAACAUUAGAGGAGGAUUGUGGGUGUUCGCAUGGUUUUUAUUGAAUUCUGGAUUAGCCAUUGCCAAUAAGGCUGUCUUUUGGGGUGGGUUUAACUUUCCUGUUCUCCUUUCAUGUAUGCACAUGAUUAUGAGUUGCAUUCUUGCUCACAUCUCCAUCAAAUUUCAAAAUGAUAGCAAGGAUUUCAAUGUUGAACCUUCUGCAAUACCUCAAAUCUACAUUUAUAUCGUGAUCUUUAUUGUAAAUAUAGUGUUUGGAAAUGUUAGUGUUUGGAGAACAUCACUACACAUGUCACAAAUUGUACGAAGCACCACACCAACCUUUGUUUUAAUCACCAGUUACAUGUUAAUUGGUACCAAAUCAUCCUUAUCAAAGAUUGGAAUGGUGAUGAUCGUAAUACUUGGAGUUGCAAUGACAGUGUACAGAAAUUUUGAGAUUAAUGGUGUGGACUUGUUGAUUCUUAUGAUUGGAAAUUUAUUUGCUGCAUUGAAGACAACUUUGACCAAUUUAUGUUUGAAAUCUCAAAAUGUGCAUCCACUUGUAUUGACUAAAUUUGUUUCCUUCUACUCUGCAUGUGGUAUGCUUGUGGUGGCCUUUAUGAAUGGUGAGAUGCAAUCCCUUACUGAAAAUUAUCAUAAAGUCCAAUGGUUGCAAGGUUAUGGUUUGGCUGUGGUUACUUCAAUUAUGGCCUUCUUCCUCAAUAUUACCAAUAUGAUAGCGAACAAGAAGACAAGUCCCCUCACCAUCAGUUUGACUGCCAACCUUAAACAAGUUCUCAUUGUUGUUUACAGCUUGGUCUAUUUGCACGAUUUGUCCAGUGUGAAUAUACUGAAUAUCAUUGGUGUGGCAGUCACACUGAGUGGAAUGUUUAUUUACUCUCUACUAUCUCUCUAA